AUGCCGGCCACGCAGUCCACGCUGUUGCAAUUUCAUGGAUCCCACUUUCGCGGUCAACCACUCCCAUCCCUGACUCAUCCAACCCUGGGAUUUGCUUCGACAGAUGGAUUACAAGAGAUCAAGAACACCGAGAGAACUAAUGAUGUGCUCGGGCAUUAUGCUGAUGGAUUUAAGAGAACCUUGACCGAUGAGCAAAUUGCAAUCUUCCGUCACACCGAGAUCCAAGAGCUGCUGAGAGAAAGGAGCCAGCGAGCGGACACGCUUGCGGGAUCAGCAGUCGCGCUCGACCACAUUGCUGCAGCACGUUCUUCCCAAGCUCCAUCUCCUGAGAGAGAAAACUUGUCGUUACCUUCCAUACUGGCAGACGAAGACCGAAAGUAUGGGAUAAAGGAGGAAGAACAGCUCUGUGACAAUGCUGAGACACAUGAUGAAUGCCUGACCAGUGCCUCAAAGGUACAUAAUCCAGCCGUGGGCCAUGUGGACCAAGACCUGAAUCAGGCUCUUUCAGUGGAGCACUGGACGAAUGUGAAAAUCAAUCCUCCAGCGAGGAAGACCAUCAGAUACCAGGAGGAUGAUCUAUCACCAAACCCCAAUCCUACAGCAGCUUCCCUCUGCAGCAAAGCACCCGUCAAAUCAAGGUUCGUCUGGCCAGAGCUGCGCCAUCAAGGAUGA